AAAUGAUGAAUACAAGGUCUCCACCUUCGGACAAUCAUAUGAGAAGUUUUCACAUGUUAAUUUUAAUGGAAGUACGUGCCCUAACGCACCACAGCUUCAUCACCUGUACCCUCUCCCUUGCCACCAAAAUAUCUCCCACCAAAAUACCGUACAAUGCCCUCCAUUCUUUUCAAAUGCAUCCCCUUCAUACACCCAAAACCUCACCCCUUCCCUCUUUCUCACCUCACCGCUAUGUGCACCAAAACCAAAACUCGCUUAAGAGGUGUCGUUUUCGACAUGGACGGAACCUUAACCGUCCCCGUCAUUGAUUUCUCCUCCAUGUACAAGGCCGUGCUAGGAGAAACCGAGUAUCGCAGAAUCAGACAAGAAAAUCCAUCUGGCAUCGACAUUUUGCAUCUCAUUGAGAGCUGGAGCCCUGAUGAGCAGCGAAAGGCUAAUGAGAUCAUCCUUGAUUUCGAGCGACUAGGUCGCGAGCGAUUGCAAAUCAUGCCUGGUGCAGCUGAGCUUUGUGGCUUUCUUGAUUCCAAGAAAAUUAGAAGGGGAUUGAUUACGCGAAAUGUCAAGGAGGCAGUAGAUCUCUAUCAUCAACGCUUUGAGAUUGUGUUUUCUCCAGCAUUAAGCAGGGAGUUUCGUCCUUAUAAGCCAGAUCCUGCUCCUCUGCUGCAUAUCUGUUCAACUUGGGAUGUCCAGCCCAAUGAGGUCAUGAUGGUUGGUGACAGCCUCAAAGAUGAUGUGGCCUGCGGAAAGCGCGCCGGAGCCUUCACAUGCUUGCUUGAUGAAAAAGGGAGGUACGGUUCUGCUGAUUUUACCGAGUUGGAUCUAGAACCAGACUUCAAGGUCGCUUCCCUAGCCGAAGUUCAUUCACUAUUGGAGACAAAUUUUGAUUUGAUGCCUUGAUUUUCAAUGUCCUGAUGAAGACUUUCUACACUUCAUUGGAGAAACAUUUUGUAUUAUUGUCAUGUGAGCGAGGACUUAAAGAGGGAACGAAGUUAAAAAUCCCCUCCAUGAUGUUAAAUGGUCAAGAAUCAAAGGCCAUGUCACUAAAUAAAGAAAAGGUGGCCAAUUCAUAAAUAUAACUAGCCAUUGAACUUUU